CAAAGUGACCUCCCCGUCUGAGUUCGCCAUGAGCAUUGCCAUCCGCUGGACGACUCUAUCAACACGUUUCUCGCUUUUAUCACUAUGCUUCUUGGGUUUGGCUUUAAAGAUUAUCUGCUUUCCAGCAGACGGUUUGUCUACUCUCCCGGAGGACGAGUUUAUCGUAUACCAGCGAGCACGAAGUGAAACCGCCAACUUACUAAAUGCGAGGGAUCCUCAAGCAAGACCUACGUCAAGGAACCUCACUCCCAAGCAGCAAAUCACCAAUGAAUUGCUGUUCAUCAAUCGGCCCACACCCAUUGAGAACGGAGAACAACUUCUGAACUACUGGAAAACCUUGGAUCCAGCACAUCCAAACCAUGACCCGUUAUAUUCGCCUCAAAUUAAUUAUUCGCCUCGUGAACUUGAUAGUGUCCGACGUGAACUGGAACAACGAUUGCAAUCGGCCAGUUAUCAGCUUUUGAUCGCUUUCGACUCCAAUGUUGGGCUUAAACCAAAAUACGACAAAAAGCUAAAAAAAAUUCAAACUCAAAUCUCUAAAGCUCUCAGCGCGAUUUUCCAUCCCAAGCCUCCUAGCCGGCUGAACCGGGUGAUCAGUCUAGGUUCUGGAGAAAAAUCUCUUCAAGAAAAUAACGCGCUCUUAGUAUUAGACAUCUUGCAUGGAUUUGAAAAAUCGUCCAGCUUUUUGCAGGACAAGGAAGCAUUCGCAUCCAACAAAGUCAAUGUUAAAGCCCUCUCCUUGAUCUACCUCAUGAACGACCUUUUCGUCGAACUGCUUGCAGGUUUGGAUAAAGAGGGGCUAAUUGGCGACGAGUUACCCGCGAGAUUCUGA